AUAACUCUUAACAACUCGAACCUGGCAACCGCACGCGACGUCAUCCCAGCCCGGUCGCAGAAUCUGGCGAGCUUUUCACAACUGUCUUAUUUCAAGGGGAAACACUGAGCACCACACUGGUCUGACUGCUUAUGUAGCCCCCGCCGCCCGUCCAGCCCGGCCCUCGACCACGGCGCUGCAUGUCGCUGCGAUCGUCCUUCCUUCAGCGCCUCCUGCCGUCGCCCGCCGCCGCCCUCGCCCCUUCGCCAGACACCCACGUCCUCCCCGCGCGGCGUGAGGAACCAGGGUUCUAGGCUUUUGCUGCGUCCGGUCCGUCUCCUGAAGGGACGCCAUGGCCGCCGCCUCGUGGAGAAUGGCCGCGGGGGCGCUCGGGUGCUCGCCCGCGCUCCUGCGCUCGAGGUCUCCCUUCCUGAGGAUUAGCGCCACACUUCUUUCGCCGGCUUUGACGACCAGGUCCUAUGCGCCAGCGGUGUCUCUGGUCCUGUGCCGGGGGCUUCCCCCUCCAGGUUUUUCCCGAAAUAGGGAAAUUUUUACCUCCAACCCCGUGCCCCCCCCGAAAAAGGGCCAUGGGGCCUCGCUUCCCCACCAGGUUGCCAGGGCUUUGGGCGAGCGAGAGAGGCCUCUGACACUGCUCUUCUGCUGGCUCAUGGCCAAGGAGAGGCACGUUCGGAAAUAUGCCCAACUCUACACCAAUCUGGGCAUCGAUGUGCUCAAAGUGAGAGUGUCGCCUUUCGAUCUGCUCAGGCCCACCAAGGGGUCGCAGGUUGCAGCAGACCAAGUGUUGCAGUUUCUCCACGCCAACCCAUCUCACAGCCCAGUCUUGAUUCAUGGGUUCAGCGUGGGGGGCUAUGUGUUCUCUGAAGUCAUGGUGAAGGUUGAAAAUGACUUCAAGAAACAUGGGCAUCUCCUGAACAGAUUUGUGGGCCAGAUUUGGGACAGCGGGGUUGACAUCGAUGGAAUCCCCGACGGCAUGCCGCGGGCCAUUACAAAUAACGCCUUGCUGCAGAAGUCCAUGAAGAAGUAUUUGGAGUGGUACUUGAAAAUCCAGUAUGACACAGCAACGAUACACUACGAAAGAGCAAGCCAAAAGAUGCACCAGAACUUUGUAGGCGUCCCUGGUUUGUUCCUUUUCUCAGACAACGACCCGGUCUCCACGCCAGAGAUGAAUGCAAGGGUCUACAAGAAAUGGGAGGCCAAGGGUCACCAGGUGUACACUGGUCACUGGCAAAAGUCUCCUCACGUGACCCACUUCCAGCGACACCCAGUCGAGUACCAGGAGUUGAUGGUGGCUUUCCUAGAGCGUGUGGGGAUGAUCGAGCCGGCCAGACAGAGAGCCACGUCGAUCUAAAUACUGAGGGACGUUUAGAAUGAAUGGUGGUUUCGGGUUUAUAGUGUGUAGCGAAGCAAUGACAAAAAAGUUUUUUAACAAUGUAAUGGGAUGAGAAAAGUUUCAGGUCAGAAUGAGAUGGAUUUUUAUGAAUUCAUUUAUAGAUUUAUGUACUGAAGAGUUUGAGAGUGUCUUGUUACAGAAGAGUUAGUGCAAUAUAUGAGGUUUACAUUUCCAUUUACGUGCAUUUGAUCUUAUCCGUUGCCUUGGUUUCCUUUUACAAUGUUCAGGCAACACGGAAAGCAUAUUAUCUUUACUAUAAAAUAAUGCAUUUAUGGUACAUGCGCUAAGAUUAUAUUUUUGUUUGUAUACAGUAAUUUCUGAUAAAUGUAUUUUGAUUAUUAUAACUGGCUUGAAUGAAUGAGAAAUUCAGGUAUUUUCCUUUUUUAUCAUUUGAUUUUUUUUUUACCUCAUACUUGUACCGGCAUAGAGAGUUGUCAGUUAAGAAUGGAAUUCACAAAGUUCUAUAUCAUUUUAUAUAUAUGUAUAAGAUACAGAGAACCUGCAAUAAUCGGCAUCAUGUCAGCACCCUCAUAAAGAUUGUAGGUUUGUGAUAUCUCAGCCACGGAAGUAGUCAUACAUGCAAGUAAUUCAUGAUCUUUCUAUGCAAGGAAUAGGCUCAUUUGACUUUCCUUGGGUGAGAUUUGUGUAAAAAAACUAAAUCCAGAAAAGACGAGAAAAAAGAAAAAUCAUCUUUUUGUUAUAAUAAACAUUACUUCCUUUGGGAUCAUAGCUUUACCAUUAUAUGGCAUGAUGAUCAGUGUGUUUGAAUGGCGUUUCUGGUGCAGCUAGAGCAUUAUUACAUAUUCAUUCAAAGAUGUGCAUCUUCAUUAUCAGAAUAAAAGUAACAAAAUGUU